GGGGGGGCACUUUCACAAGAGAGACUCACCAUCCAGAGGGAGCAGACCUUAAGAUCAACCGUACAUUUAUCAUGGAUAACCAUUCCUACAACUUCCCAUCUGACUGCACCCCCCUCACUAACUGCAAGUCGGCCCGUAAGCCGGCCGGAUCCACCGUGGUCAACAUGGGCAGCGUGGGGAAGAAUCCCCCCCGGGAUUAUCUGCUCUGGUCCCUCUGCAACACCUUCUAUGUCAACUUCUGCUGUUUGGGCUUCAUGGCUCUCAUCUACUCCAUCAAGGCUCGGGACCAGAAGACGCUGGGAAACCUGCAGCUGGCCCAGGAGUGCUCAGAUAAAGCCAAAUGGUACAACAUCCUGGCAGCCGGUUGGAACCUGCUGAUUCCUCUGCUGGCCGUCGUCCUCAUCGUCCUCCUGCUGGUCCACCUCGGCUCUUCUCAGGGUUCCUAUGAUUUCCUGGGAGAAGACGGCUUCCAAAACUUCCUGAAGCUGUUCAGCUGGUAGAGGAGGGCCAGACCCCCCCGCUGGAUGCAGAUGAUGAUGACGACAGACAUGAUAGAAAAGAUUUGUUCUGUGCAGAGAUGUUAAAACUUCUGCUCAGAUUCUGAAUUAUUGUGACGCUGAUUAUUUAUUUUAGGAUCUCUCUGCCAAAGCAAAGACGACAACAAGCCUUCAACACUAAUUCAGCAAAAACAUCCGAGUUGUUCCUAAAAUGAUUCGCAAAAAAAGGCGAAACCUUAAAACCUGUUGAUGCUUUACGCUGUGAACCAAAGGCAGAAAUGAAGGAAUAAAUAGAAACAUUAAAGGGAAAGAUUGAAUUUAUUGGAAGUAAGAAUGUUUGAAUUAUAAAAACCUGUAAUAAAGGAAGUGACGUCACAGUGAGUUUGAUAAAAAAAUAAAAUGAUCUUCAUCUAAGCUAACAGCUAGUAGCUGAUGACCAUUUAUGGCUGCUUCAGCGAAACAGAUGGAUGAAAAUAUGGAUUCCUGAGAGACGAAGCUUUCCAGGUAAAUUUCACUGAGCUCAGGACGCUUCUUAUCGCUUCAGCUCGGCUGCUUACGUCUUACCUUUGCAGGCAUAAGAAGCUCUUAUUGGUUCACUAUAGAUGUACGCUUUGUAGAUCUCAUAGCAGGUGAGGCAGACUCGGCUAAGAAAGCAGCCACUAACCUUUAAGGUGUAAAUGUGCAUUAAAACAGCAUUUUAGAGUUGAUCAAUAUUCUAGAGUCACUUUCUAUGUUGGUCAGAGGAGUGAGUUAGAAUCCUGCUAGUUAACUUUGCCUCAACAUCUCUGCAAAAUCACAUCUAUCUGCUGCACAAGGGGGGGGAUUAUUAUGACCAAACAAAACCUAAACUAAUUCCUCAGUCUAACUUUAAAUCCUGACAUGAACACAGGUGUGAAGUCCGCUUGAUUUUGGUAUUUAUUGUAUUUAUGUUACCUGGAAUUUGAUUGGUUGUUGGAAAUCAGGUUUGGAAGAACAGGAAUAAAAAAUAGCCAAAGUGUUUAAAGGCUAAAAUGAUGAGAAGCCAAUUAAUAAUAUUAGAUGUAUUUCAGCAUUUCUAACAUAACUUUAUAAAUCUCUUCUUUUUACUGUAUUUUAUCACGUUUUUGUGUUUAAAGUAUUUUUCUUUUGUAACUCCUUUUUUGUCGUCCUUUGAAAUAAAUGAAUCCAACUCUGUAGUAAAAUGGUGAAUCAGUAAAAGAAGAGAAAGAGAUUUUAUUUUUCUAACAGCAGCUGCUUCCCUCUGACGCCUCCUGUGGUUCUGGCUGCUGCUUCUAUAACGGGAUGAUUUGGGGUUUUCAGUGGCCUGACUGUGGGGUGGGUCUGCUUCCAGCUGUGUGUUUGGUCCACUAACAUCUAUAUACACAACUUCUAAUUCUGGAACCCGUGUUAAACGUGCCGUUUAGAUGUAAGGCGGCGCCGCCACUGCAGAGGAGCCAACAUGGCGGCCGACGGUGGAGCAGGACGCUGCUCCACCUGCUCUCAGUUUAAUGAUUGAUUAUUUCUAAGACUUUUCUUCUUCUACUUGUUGCUUGUUGUCAGAUCAGAUCCCAUCUGACCCAGAGUUUACUUUUAUUUCCAUAAAACAGGAAACUAAAUAAAACC